UGCCUUCCUAGUCCAGCAUGCAUCGACAUCGACUCCUUGCGUGAUCACUCACUUACUCCUCAAUACUAUCCGUUCAUCUCAAUACACCAAUUGUGCAACUGUCAAACACGCGCCUCGUCCCCAAGACCGCUAACAUGUACGCUACACUCACAUGCCAUCCUCCCUUAGGACAGACCACGACGAUUCCAGUCGACAGAUCGACCGUCAAGUUCACCGUCCUGAUCGAGAGCUCGGCUGGAUCAGAGAAAACAUGGGAGGCUGCACUAUGGCACAACUUUGAUGACAAAGAGAAGUGGGCCAGUCUGAACCUCAACGCAGUACCGGAACCUUCCCUUACAGUCGUGAAAGCGAGCCAGACGAACGUUCGCCAACAAUUCUUCACAAUCGAACUCCCCGGACGUCCGAAGCACGGUGGUUCCUUGUCGUACACUGUUACAUUCCGAGCCAGCGAGAAUGAACCAUGGAAGUGGGCUAACGAGCAGUUUUCCACCUCAGACGGCCGCCUCAUCUACCAGUCGGAGGAUGCGUUGAGCGAUGACUUGACACAUUAUAUCGAUGCAUUACCUCCAUACCUGCAAAUUAAGAAAGAGCAAAGUGACUCGCCUGAGACCCUCCUAUGGUCCAUCACGAGUCCUGUCAAAGCCGCUUCCGGGUCCACCUCAGGCUACUCGCACAACAGCCUGGGCAAACCGCUAGACUUCACACGCUGGUUUGCCUUGGUCCGUUUGUGGAGCCCUUGGCUAGCCCCAAGACAGGGAAAGAAUCGCUUUCAACCCGACAAGGAAGCUAUCCUCGCGACGUUCGAACGCGAAGAUGGCUCUCAUCUGGUUGUCUUGGCGAUCAGUGGCGUGGAUGAUGUACUGACAACCUUGAGCCAUGAUGGCGAAGGGCGAAUUGUGAUUCAAUCCCGCAACGACAGUGAAGAAGACGGCGUCUCACAAUUGGUUGCCGCUGUGGGCAAAGACCUAAACCAUGCGAUAGCAGCUGUUAUGUAUCAUGCAAGGAAGCUGGUGAUGAAGUACGGAGUGGGUGCCGAAGAGGCGGAAGCUGAGCUGAAGGCGCUGGCUGACGACUUCAAGCCAGAGUGGUUGGAAAACUGGUACGAUGGACUCUCAUACUGCACCUGGAAUGGCAUUGGACAACAUCUCACGGAACAGAAACUGUUCGACGCAUUGGAGUCAUUGGCCAAGAACGAGAUUAACAUCAGCAACCUUAUCAUUGACGACAACUGGCAAUCCCUGAAUCAUGAGGGCGGCGAUCAGUUCAAAAACGCCUGGGUCGAGUUUGAAGCAACCAAGAAUGGGUUCCCUCGUGGCCUCAAAGCGACGGUCGGCGACAUCCGCACUAAAUACAAGAACAUCAAGCAUAUUGCAGUGUGGCAUGCGCUAUUCGGCUACUGGGGCGGAAUCGCACCUGAAGGCAAGAUCGCGAAAGAGUAUAAAACCACCGUUGUCCAGAAGAAGGAUGGGGUGUCUGGCGGAAAGUUCACCGUCGUUGCAGAGGAAGACGUCAGCCGCUUCUACAAGGACUUCUACCGGUUUCUAAGCUCCGCUGGUAUCGACUCGGUCAAGACUGACGCUCAGUUCUUCCUCGACGAAUUGGACGAUGCUACGGAUCGCCGAAACUUGAUCAGAUCGUAUCAAGACGCGUGGAACGUUGCACAGCUCCGCUACUUCUCUGCCAGGGCUAUCUCGUGCAUGUCACAAUCGCCGCAGAUGAUCUUCCACUCACAGCUACGCUCCAACAUGCCACAGAUACUGCUGCGUAACUCAGAUGACUUCUUUCCGGAAGUCCCAGCUUCCCACCCCUGGCACAUCUUCUGCAACGCACACAACGCUAUCUUCAACCAAUACCUCAACAUCCUUCCUGAUUGGGAUAUGUUUCAAACCUCGCAUGAUUACGCCUCAUUCCAUGCCGCUGGACGAUGCGUGUCUGGUGGUCCAAUUUAUAUCACGGAUGUACCAGGGCAGCACGACAUUGACCUCAUUGGGCAGAUGACAGGAAACACACCUCGCGACAACACGGUCAUCCUUCGCCCACACACUGUCGGCAAGAGCACAUCAGCCUACAACUCCUACGAUGACCCCGUCUUACUGAAAGUCGCGACCUAUGUUGGGAUGGCACACAGCGGCGUCAGUAUUUUGGGCAUCUUCAAUUGCACACAGCGACCUCUUUCCGAACUGAUCGGACUCGACUCAUUCCCUGGUGCCGAGAAGGGCACAUACGUCAUCAGGAACCACACUACUGGUCAAGUCACCAGACCGACCAGCAUUGAAGGUGAUGACGCUUUUGUUCACCUAGAGCUACCGACACGAGGAUGGGAGAUACUCUCUGCCUUCCCGCUGCAGACCUUCAAGCUCAAGCGAAGCCAUGAGGUGAAAGGAUCGGACGAAGUGCAGGUAGCCAACUUGGGCGUUCUAGGCAAGAUGACCGGAGCUGCAGCAAUUGUAAACACAGAUAGCUACGUUGACCGCUCAUCAGGUCGCCUGCGAAUUUGGACUUCAUUGAAGGUCUUGGGCACAUACGGGCUGUACAUCUCCAAUCUUAAGUACCGCAAUCUGGAAGACGACGUCAUGGCAUUGAUUUUUGGAAGACCUAUAGCGAGACAUUGCGUUAAGGCCAGCGAAACAUGCGAAAAUGUGCUCGAAAUAGACACAAAAAGAGCUUGGAUGGAAAGCGACUCAAAGGCGUCUUGGAGCAACGAAGUGGCCGUAGAGGUUGUCAUUCGGUGAACAACGAACUCGCACGAUCUCUUUGUGUGGCGGCAGUGAGAUCUGCCUUUGUUUCUGUUAUGUCCGCUUCUUGUGUUACACGUUACCGCUCUUCUUUGACGCUGGCGUCCACAAAGAACGUCCUCAUGAAAGAAUAAUGCACUUGGUCCUUGUGAUUCUCAGUCAUGAUGAGUAAAACGCUCGCGCCACGCUUUUCUUCGGUCUCAGAGACUUACUUACGAUUGUCACUUUGCGCUCAGAGAGCAGUACAUCUAUACUUUCAUAGCUAACACGCACGUAUCGAUCAGUCAC